AUGGCUGUUAUCAAGAAAAAGGAGCAGCAUGAGAAGAAGACGAUUGGAUAUACAGGGAUAUUAAUUGAAAGCCACGACUUCAAUUGGUUCACGUGUUUGGAGAACGCUGGAAACACGCUGAUCAUCGCGGCCGUGGUGACGACGCGCCGGCUGCGCACCGUCACCAACUGCUUCGUCAUGUCGCUGGCCGUCGCUGACUGGCUCGUCGGCCUCUUCGUCAUGCCGCUCGCCGUCGCUUACCACGUCAUGGGCAAGUGGCACUUCGGCUGGCAGAUCUGCCAGGUGUGGAUCUCGCUGGACGUGCUGCUCUGCACGGCGUCCAUCCUGUCGCUGUGCGCCAUCAGCGUGGACCGCUACCUGGCCGUCACGCAGCCGCUCAACUACUCGCGGCGGCGCCGCUCCAAGAAGCUGGCGCUGCUCAUGAUCCUCGUCGUCUGGGUGCUGGCCGUCGCCAUCACGUGCCCGCCCAUCCUCGGCUGGUACGACAAGACGCAGAGCAAGGAGACGGAGUGCCGCUACAGCCGCAACCAGGGCUACGUCAUCUUCUCGGCGACCGGCUCGUUCUACCUGCCGCUGGCCGUCAUGCUGUACGUGUACGCUCGCAUCUCGUGCGUCAUCGCGCGCCGCCACAGCCAGCUGACGGGCGGCGUGGAUGCGCAGCACCAGGUCAGUCGGACCCUUCUGCCCUCACACACGCUUCACAUCUAG